UACGUCUCCCCUCAGAUCAACAGGGACCAGAAGUUGGAAAGGAACCCUGGAAUAGACAAGAGUUAAGACAGAGUUUCUGGAUCCCUUGGACUGGUACUUUUUUACUAUUUGAAAGACACACACAAAAAAAGACUGAAUCAUGUGUUCUGGGAAUUUUGCAAAGUGUUUAGGUAUCACCCUCAUUCCGCUAGCUAUUCUUUGCUUCCUCUGCAACAUCUUGCUGCUCUUCCCUGGAGGUAUACCUGCUAAAAACAAUGAAAACAUUACAGAUGAGGCCUGGUACUUCGGAGGAAUAAUAGGCUCUGGAAUAUUGAUGAUUUUCCCGGCGCUGGUAUUCAUGGGAAUGAAAACCAACGACUGCUGUGGCUGCUGUGGCAAUGAGAACUGUGGGAAAAGAUUUGCGAUGUUUUUCUCCAUUAUAUUUGCUGGAGUCGGCCUUUUGGGAGCUGGUUAUUCUUUCAUCGUGUCAGCGGUUGCCAUCAAUCGGGGGCCUAAAUGUUCAACAAAUGGCACUGACACAUAUACAUACCCAUUCAAUGAGGGUGACUACCUGUCCAACCAUACAAUGUGGGGGGCGUGCACUGAUCCUCCAGGCAUCGUGCCCUGGCACCUAACACUCUUCUCCAUGCUGUUGAUUAUGGGCAUGGUUCAAAUGGCUCUGUGUGCAUUUCAGGUCAUCAACGGCCUGAUCGGCACUAUCUGCGGAGACUGCUGCGGAUGUUGCGGGGGCUCUUGAACUGAAUGACUCCAGAAGUGAUGAAACAUACCAUGAAGAUAAAUAAUGUUGAAGGUGUUUUGGCCUACAUUUUCCAGACCUUGUUUUUUUUUUUUUUUUAAAUUAUUUAUGCCAUUGAGACAUUUUUGUAUAAGGUUUACAUUGUACACUAUGCCUCUUUUGCUUGAUGGCACUGCUUAUGAAGGCAAAAGAGAAAUGUAAUAUUUAUAUGAAAUGUUUAAAGAUCAUUAUCACUCACAUUUUAACACAAGGUGUGUGGUUUUUUUUUUUUUUUUUUUUAAAGGUUGCUUUAUAUUUUUGCAAAAUGUGGACAACAAAUAGUUAUAAUAGGAAUCACGUUUUACACACAGAGAAUCCCUGGGGAUAAUGUGUGGUCACAGGUGUACGUACACCGAGGAUUUUAAAAUGAAUUGUACAAGCUAACCUUUAUAUCAACAACCUUGUGAACUUUUACUGUAAUUAGUGACACAAGACUGUACUACAGAAUGUGAGAAUUAUAUAUAUAUAUAUAUAUAUAUAUAUAUAUAUAUAUAUAUAUAUAUAUAUAUAUAUAUAUAUACAGUAUAUACAGCACUGUGCAAAAGUUUUAGGCACAUGCAAAGAAAUGCUGUAGAGCAAAGAUGCCUUCAAAUAAUGAAAUGAAAUGUUUCUAUAUAAAAGAAACUGUACCGUAAAGAGUAGUAAACAGUAGUAAAUGAAACAAAGUCAAUAUUUGGUGUGACAAAAAAUAAAUAAAUUAGUAGUCUCCUGUUCAAUUAGUGCAGUUUUAUAAGGAAAUGAGCUGUAAGUUUUAUUGAGCAUCUUGCAGAACCAGACACAGUUGUUCUGGAGAUUUAGACUUAUUUUUGCAGCAAAACACAGCAGCCUUCAUUGUGAUUUUUGUCUGAAAAGUGGUCUCUUACGUAAUAUGCUGCACUGUAAAACCGGAUAAGUUCAUUUAACUCAAAAAAUUUGAGGAAACUUAUUACCUCAAAAAAUUUUAAGUUGAUGAAUCAAUUUCUUUAAGCCAAAUACACUUAAAUAUAACAAGUUUGAGUUAAAUUUUUGUUAUAUUUAAGUGAAAUUGAUUCAUCGUCUUAAAUAUUUUGAGGUAAUUAGUUUCCUAAAAUGUUUUGAGUUAAUUGAACUUAUCCGGUUUUACAGUGUGCUUUCUUUAAAGUCAUACAAACAUUUCUCUGUAACUUUCUGUAAUUUUGUGCUAGAAAACUAAUGUUUGGGAAUCUAAAAUGUUUUUGUACUGACUUGAUAAUGUAGAAGUCAUAAAAUAAAAAAUCUAUAACAAAGUUUGUACUAAAAAACAUAGGGUGCCUAAAACUUUUGUACGGUACUGUAUAUGUUGGAAAGCUUGAUACCAAAUAUAUUAUUAAAUAAUAAAAUUAUCAAUGUUAA